AUGGCCGCAACCACCUACGGGCCGCAUCCUCUGUGUCCAGACCAUGCCCUGGCCUACCGCGUCAUCAGCGACUUUCUCCAGAAGCACCGCCAGGAUGUUGUUGAGAUCGAGGUGCUGCCGCCCGCCUUAGCGCCCCCGAGUGGCUCGCCUGUCCUGGAAGAUGGCAUCUGCCUGGGCGUACCCAAGCGCUUCCUUGCCGCCGCCUUCAUUGCUGCCCGCUCCGUCUUCUUCGACAAGCGAGUAUGUAGCGACCCUAUCUCGGUGCAGGCUGCUCUCGAUGCGACGUCUGUCAUUCUGCUCUUCGACCCGGAACACCUCACGGCUGCAAACUUCAGGAAAGCCCAGCUCAACGUCCUCCGCUCGCUCCACAACGACUCCCUGGCCCCUGCGCAUUCUGUGCAACUGGAGCUGAAUUUCCUGGACAGCAUUCUUACUUCUCCCUUGCAUCGGCAAUCCAAAUCCCCUACCCUGUGGGGCUACCGGGCCUGGAUUGUGCAAUCUUUCGAUCCCCAACUUUGGCUGAGCCGCGCGCCUGGUCAGGAUGCAACGUCUCUACUGUCUUGGGAACAAUUUGCCCGCGAGCUGGGCGUGGUGCUAAAGGCGGCCGAACGGCACCCCAAAAACUACUACGCCUGGCAGUAUGCUCGACGUCUUUUCGAUCGCGUCCCAGAGUUGCAAAGCAUCUACCAGCGCCAGCUGUCAUUACUGCGACCGCCGCCUCUUAUCAGCUCUUCUCUGACAGCUCCAGGUCACGAUUUCUUGCAGCAGUCGGUACCAGUCGUGUACGAGUGGUGCCUGCGUAACCCAAGUGACACGUCAGCCUGGUCAUUUCUAUAUUUUCUUCUUCUCCGCACCCCAAAGCCUGCUCGGCUUGCUCAGCAGAUUAUAGACAGGACAUUUGGCCUGGCCCAAGGUUUUCAUUGGAAACACGAGUCGCUCUGGACUUUCCUAAGGACCGUGAUUGCUGACCCAACACUGACCUCCACGGAAGCCAGAUCUCAAUAUAUACAGGCGAUUCAAGACACGUACAAAAAGAAGGAUUUUCUGUCGCCAGAAGCAGAAGCUACGGUGAUCGGCCUGGCCCAUCCCGCCGAGAAAGCAGUUAUUUGGAUACUCCACAACGCAAGUGCCUAG